UCCGACACGAAAAAUAAACACAUUCAUUGCUGAAGGAAAGUUCUCUCACCCAUCCAACAUGGGUCAAUAGUCAUUAUCGGGACCGUCCACGCCUCCAGCAUGAGUGGCAGCCUCUUGUGGCAGGCUCUACGCCAAUCCCGUCCCCUUCACGCCCCUAUCCACCGCUCAUGGCACGUCCUGUCCCUCCCCUGGAGCUCGUCUGCUCCGCCGGUUUGCCCCCUCUCAAAUUUGCCUUGUUCCCGGCUAGCUGUCACCCCCGUCAAUGCCCGCCUCCGGGUUCUCCGGGUUCCGCGGGUUCCCCGGGUCCACCCGGUGGCCCCUCUGAGUCGGACCUAUUCUUCGGACGAUAAGAAGACGGCCGAGUUGGAGAGAUUGGAGAAGGCGGGCCAAUUGUCGCUGUCGCAGCGGUUCAAAUUGCAAUUCAAGCGGUAUUGGUACGUGUUGGUCCCGGUGCAUGUGGCCACGUCCGUGGUUUGGUUUGGCGGCUUCUACCUCAUGUGCAAGUCUGGGGUAGACGUGAGCUCCAUCCUAAGCACCCUGGGUGCCUCCGAGACCUAUGUGGCCAAACUCAAAGACUCAGAUCUGGGAUAUUACGCCAUGGCCUACGCUUGCUAUAAAGUGGCCACGCCCGUUCGAUACACGGUGACAUUGGGCGGGACGACGUUGACAGUAAGGAAGUUGAGUGAAUACGGUUGGCUCAAGACGACUUCCGAGGUAGCAUCGGACUUUCGAGAUCGUUCGGAUCAAGUCAAACAUAAGAUGGACGAUUUCAAAGGCUCAAUAGGCGAUAUGCGGGAAAAGGUCGAGGAUGAAUGGGAAAGGAGUUGGAAGAGGUUUGCCGAAAAGCGGAAAAAGCCAUAACGUUGACUUGGCAACAUAUGAUUUUUUUUUUCAACACCAAUAUCCAUGAACUGAACUUGCGUUGUGGGACAUCUAAUAAAAAAAAACAAGGCUCUGACA